UGCGCAUGCGUGAACCAGAAAAGUGCGUUUUAGAAUGAUUACUGCUGGUCAGUGGAGGGACAGAUUAUACGUCUCUACACAACUGUUGUUUUAAUCCCCUGGGCGAGGAGAUUUAGCAAAGAAAAAAACCCUGUUUUUAAACCGAGCAGCCAUAUUGUAUGGAAAAAACGACGGGUGGACUCAGCUUUUGUGAAAAAGUCGUUUUCUCCCACACCUCUGUGAAGACUUUUGCGGAGUUUAAUUGCGGUUCUUGCUGGCGGUGGGUUUCCUUCGGAGAGCUCGCUUCGCCAGCCGGUUCAGGAAUUUAGAGAUUUCGGACCCGUCUUUUGAGUCAUUUUUCACAGAAUUGUAGUCAUCUCUUCGGUUCUAAAGGUGUUUAAGGAACCUCGAGAAACAUGAAGGACCGAUUGGAGCAACUCAAAGCGACGUGUGAUCAAGAUGACGACGAGGUGGAGAUUUGUGUGGACAAUGCAGCCUUCAUGGACGAAUUCUUCCUUCAGAUUGAGGACAUCAGGAACAGUAUCGAUAAAAUUGAUGAGAAUGUGUCUGAAGUCAAAAAGCUUUUCUCUGUCAUCCUGUCUGCCCCCACAUCAGAUCAGAAAACACAGGAUGACUUGGAGGCAAUCACCAAUGACAUAAAGAAGAUGGCUAACAAUGCAAGAAACAAACUCAAGACCAUCGAGAGGAAUCUGGAGUCAGAGGAGCAGGAGAGAGUGUCAGCUGACAUGCGGAUACGUAAAUCACAGCAUGCAGUCCUGUCCAGGAAGUUUGUGGAGGUAAUGACAAAGUAUAAUGAAGCCCAGGUGGACUUCAGGGAGAGGAGUAAAGGACGUAUUAAGAGACAACUAGAGAUCACUGGAAAAGCAACAACAGAUGAUGAACUGGAUGAGAUGUUGGAGAGCGGCAACGCUGCUGUGUUUACUGCAGGGAUUGUGGACGCUGGGAUCUCUAAACAGGCUCUGAGUGAGAUUGAAGCCAGGCACAAAGACAUUGUCCGCCUGGAGAGUAGCAUCAAGGAGCUGCACGAUAUGUUUGUAGACAUCGCCAUGCUGGUGGAGAGCCAGGGCGACAUAGUUGACAACAUAGAGCAGAAUGUAUCCAAGUCGCUGGACCAUAUAGUUGUGGCGAAGGAACAGACCAAAAAAGCCAUAAGGCACCAGGCUAAAGCGCGCAAGAAAACGGUGAUACUAGUGGUGGUUGUGGUGGUCUUGCUGGGCUUACUAGCUCUCAUAAUCGGGUUGUCUGUGGGAUUGAAGUAAAGCUGAUGAGCUAUUUGAAUAAGAGGAGCGCUAUGGCAGAACAUGAUCAUAUCUGUUGUAGUCUGUGCUGUGGAUGUUCUCAUCUUCCUCACCGCCAUCCUCCCCCUCGACACCAUCACAGGACUGCUGCUUUUAUCAUCAGUUAUUUAUCAUCCACUCCCACCGCCAUUCUCCGCCAGCCGGAGCGCCAAAGAGAAACGCUGAUGACUCCAUAUGGACAAAAUGUUUGCACGACAGAAAACCUGACGAACAAGUCAGGUAUCGCAAGUUUGAUCGCUGGAUGAAACAAGAAGCGCUUUUGAGAGUGGGGAUGUUGUUCAAAUGUUGUAUCCAAUCAGAACGAUUCGUACUGGCGUGUUAGGGUUUGUUCGGACAGUUUGAGGAUGCUCUGCUACAAAUGAGGAAACAAGACUGAAGCUGACAAUGCGGUAGGGAAGCAAGAUUUGAGAAAUAACUGAUUAUAUGUCACGUAAAAUGUCAUUGCCCGGAGGUGUUGAGUGAAAUUGACUUUAAUGUCCAGUAAGUGGGAGCCAUCUCCUCCUGCAUCCUGAUUCUUGCCUUUUUUAUGAGCCACGACACACUGUGAUUGAAAAACUAGCUACUGUAUAUUUACUGUAUUUUUAUUGUGUUGGUUUCGGGAAAAGUUUUAGCACUUUCACAUUUCAAAAUAUGUCCUUAUUUUCUGAAAUUAAGUUCAGGUGGGAAUAAUGGCGUUUUGAUUUUUAGUGUUGUUGAUAUGCAGCCAUGAAUAGGUCACAGUUCUUAUAACUUGAAGAGGAUCGGUGUGCUCACUUAUGAUUCUUCAGUUUGUAGAGCUCAGUGGUUCUUUUAAAUACGAACGAAGUCCUUGUGAAUACAUUUUAAACAAGUGGAGCUCAGAUAACAAAGUCUGGUACAUUAACAAGCAUCCCCUGCUUUAGAGCUGCUCAAAAUACUGCAACAUCUUUGAGACAUGCUUAAAUAUUUGUGCUGUGUCUUUGCUAACUUGUUACAAAAGUUAACCACUUCGACCUUCUACACUUGGAGACAUGAUUGACUCUAUUGUUAAAACGCUGUAAAAACAUAGUGCCAAAAGAGAGGGUGGUAGUAACGCCAGCCACCUAAAUCUCAGUGCCAGAACAGCCCAAUGAGUAGGUAAUAGCAAUAUAUUUUUACUGCCUUUGCUCGGUAUGUUGAACCCACAGGAUGAAGUGUAAAGGGACACUCGAAAUAACAGAUGUCUCCCACUGGUGUGUCUUUACUAGUGCGACAUGCGUUUUUUAAUCUUAGUUUAUUCCUACUGUAAACGUUUACCUCAGUUGCCGGAUCAUUGGGUACAACUAUCUAAAACGCCUUAAUACCACAGCCCUGCAAUACAUGUUAUUGUCAUGAUGAUGGCCAGUUUUUAUUUAAAGAGCUGUGGAGGAUUGCCGGGUAAACGUUACGCAUCUACUGGGUGCAAUUCAACAGCGCCAUCAAGUGCAUCCUUCUCAAAGACUACAGUCAAAUGGACAAAUCUAAAACACUUUAAAUCAUGAGUGUAUUUAACGUAAUGUUUUACCGAUGUGCCUUUAUUGAUUUUAUCUUUCCCUGACAAAGUCUUGACAUGUUCUGUCAAACUGAAUGUAGAAAGGAUUUAUCGCUUGGCUGUGGUAUUGGACUGCAUAGUUUUGGUGUUUCUGAUGAACUGGCUUUAAAUCUGUUAGGGGACCAUUUUUAAGUAAGUGCUUUUUUCCUGUUGGAGGGAGCCACCGUGCACACGUUGUCACGCAGAGGCCUUCAUUUGGCAGUUAAAGGUGACGCCAGCUGUUUAAACAAAGACUGGAUAAGAAACACACUCCCCAUCCUUGAGAGAUGGGCGAUGACAUGUAGGAGUUUUGUAGACGUCAUCGUUGAAAUUUCCAGUGCGUUGUGGCGGCCGCUGUCACUGAGGGAAGUUUCUGUGAGACUGGAGCACGAAUGGUUCCUUUUAUUUAAAUUCUGGCCUUUCGAACCACGAUGCUCCUCAUCCAUCGAUUGCUCAAUGCUGAUUUGCUUCUUUCUAUUCAAACUUUUUUUUCUUCAAACACCACCAAGAGAUGAAGGAGAAACUGAAGUAGUUGCACACUGUACAGAACUAAGACGCCACAGAUUUGUAAUGCAAAUUAAAGAUUCUAUGUUUUUUAAUGACUUGGUUGACUAUGGUGUUUACUAGCAACGUUGUGCAUGUCCUUAUUGCGGGUGAUCGAAAGUAAAAGAUUAACUGAUAUGGUAAAAUGUCUUAUGACUGCAUGUUAUGAAAGGUGUUUGUGUGUGUGUGUGUGUGUGUGUGUGUUUUAAUGGGAUAGUUGUAGUCAGCAGAUUGUUGAUACAGCAUAUUAACCAAUGUGUUGCAAAGUGCUCUUUUUUUAAAGGUUAACACGUUCCAAGGUAAGUUUGUCAAGUUUCCCCUCUCUCUUUACACACAAACACACACCCUGAUCUCUGUAAUCCUUUGUUCUCCUUUCAAUCCGUCAUUUCCUCAAAUUGGUGAAUGCAUUUCUGUGAAUAAUUGAAUUGUGGUAGAUGCUGUCUAACUGGCUUUUGUUAUUCAUCAAAUCCACAGAAAAAGAUGAUGAUUACUUUAUGCUGUGCCAUCAUUGGAAUCGUCGGAUUCUCUUAUCUCUACAGCUUCUUCUCAUAAAAGGCUUUAUGCAGUGUUUCUAUGGGAGAGAAAGAGUGUCAAGAAAAAGUUUCCUGAAGUGCUUCCUUGUGUCUACCCAUACCAUUACCAUACUAAAAUCUAGUAAAAAGUAUUUAAAAAGGAAUUGAAUCAUACCCGUCCUGUGCACUUGACCUUUUGUUAAUCUUUUUGAAUCAUUUUCUUGCUGUAUGAAGUGUUGUAAAUGUGUAGAUUUUUCUCAGUCUGCCUGUUCAUUACCCAGACGCCUCAACAUCAGGCAUAAAAUCGUUUUUGCACCCUUGUGGUCGGCUGCAGUCGACCGCCUCCCGGUGGUGCUCAAAGAGGAUUUGUUUAUUGUCAAUGAAGUUAUUACGAAAGAUUAAUUAAAAAAAGAAAUGCAUCAAACAUAAUUUCUUGUAUAUGUUGUUGGCUCCAAAAGGCUAUUCGUGUUUAUACACGAUUGUGCUCAGGUCGAAAUGAUCAUUUUAAGUGUUAUUUUCUGACAUGUGUUGUUAUAAUUUGAAUAAAUAAUGUGUGAUUUUGUUGGGUGUGAUCUGUCUGUAUGCGUCUAUGCUGUUGAAAUGCUUGCACUGAGGAUCUUUUCUGUAUCAGCGGCUCCCACCGGCUCACAGGCUGCGUGUCAACCCUGUAAAGCCUGUUAUGUAAUAAAUUAUUUCUGUGCGUUAUUGUA